GCCGGUCGUCCUCGUCCUCGCUCUUCCAGGUGGCAUUUGUGCGCGAACAGUUGAACACCUUGGGACGAUCCGAUUGACUGGAUCGACUCCGAUCAAGAUGGCAUCCGCGGAACAGGUCGGCCUCAACAAAACAUGGGAAUUGUCACUGUACGAGCUACAUCGCACGCCGCAGGACGCGAUCACCGACAACACGGAAAUCGCGGUCAGUCCGCGGAGUCUGCACAGCGAGCUCAUGUGUCCCAUUUGCCUGGACAUGUUAAAGAAAACUAUGACCACCAAGGAGUGCCUGCAUCGCUUCUGCUCCGACUGUAUUAUUACGGCUUUACGGAGUGGCAACAAGGAAUGUCCCACAUGUAGGAAGAAAUUGGUUUCCAAACGAUCCCUCAGACCGGAUCCAAACUUUGAUUUGCUAAUUUCGAAAAUCUACCCAAGCAGAGAUGAAUAUGAGGCUCAUCAGGAACGAGUUUUGGCUAAAUUAAAUAAAUCACAUUCACAAGCAGCGCUUGUUAAUUCUAUUACAGAAGGUAUUAAGUUACAAAGUCAGAAUCGUCCCCAACGUUCAAGGAAGAAUGCCAAUGAAUCCGAAAAUGCGAGUAACGCAACAUCUUACAACAAUACGCCAAAUGUUAGCGCACCUACAACACCAAAUCCAUCCACAAAUGUAGCAAAUCAAAGUGAUUCUUCUCAGAGCGCAACAGGACCUUUGAAUAGUGGAGGUAUGGUUAGUCUUCAAAAUAUCAGCAUUUCUCAACCUGUAAUUAAUCCAACAGUUUCUGUUACAAUUUGUAAACUUUUAUUAUAUCUUUGUUUAUUUUUGUGUUUAUCAGGGACAACGUCGAGAAAUUCCACCACACCAUCACCAAAUCCUGCGAAUCAAAUUCCAAAAGCACCGAAACGACAGAAGAGCUUUCAAAAUUCUGAAAAUGACUCUUCAAGUGCUGAGGCUGAAACUGGCGGUGGUGACUCUAUGGUUGACACGGAAGGUGAAGGUCCUAGUGAACCUUUAAUGCUCAAUGAAAUUGAACUUGUUUUCAAGCCGCAUCCUACAGAAAUGGCUGGUGAUAAUUCCCUAAUAAAAGCGUUGAAAGAAAAUAGUAUUCGGUACAUAAAAACAACAGCAAAUGCAACAGUGGAUCACCUGAGUAAAUAUUUAGCGAUGCGUCUGACACUGGAUCUGGAUACUGAAUUAUCAGAAUCGGAUAGGUUACUAAAUUUCUGUAUCUACAUCGCCCCUUCAUCAGGACAACUUGUGGUACUAAAUGGUUCACAAACGUUACGGCAAGUGAACGAUAAAUUUUGGCGUGUCAAUCGACCCUUGGAAAUGUUUUAUUCAUGGAAAAAAACCUAGGGAAGGCCUCGAAAAUAUCAAUCUGACGGGAACUAAUUGCGCUUUGUUCCAAAGAUAAGAGCGAAUUAUCUUUAUUAGACAAAGUACAGUGGAAUGCAUUAAGUGUGAAAAAUACAUAUCAUUGAUGUAUUCUGCUGUACUUUCCAUUUUAAUCAGAUUCAGAGUGUAAGGAAUAUUCUUCAUAAUCAUCGACAAUGGUGCAAUGAAUUACAUCUUCAAAAUUGGUUGCCAGUAAUCUAUUUGUGUUAAUAAAAGUUGGAUAAGACAACUGAAAUAAAUGUAAAACUGAUUUAAGCGGCAUUACAUACAUCCUGAUGUUUGAAAUGUGAACUGAAUGCAGUUACACAAGGUAUUUUUUAUGAAAGUCACUAUUAGUAUUUUUUAUU